AAGCCUGAUAAACUCAGCUCCAGAGUGCACCAUCUGUGCCUUUCCCCGUGGUAGGAGAAAUUGCACCUGUCGUUGGCAACUUCAAAACAUCCUUCGUAUAAUAUGUAAUAAUUAUAUUGAAACUAAAACUGAUGGAAGAGAAACAAGGGUGUGCUUCUUAGAUUGCAGUCUGUCUACAGAUGUACUCUGCUUCAGCUGAGGUGAGGUGUCUUCGGCAGCAGUAGACUAGGUCCACUAUAUGCACCGUCCUCCUUCAAAUUCAUCAAGUAGAACAUACGAUGUGCGAUCGUAGAGUCAGACAGUGAAGGCACUAGACACAGUGAGCACUGGGCAGCCCAGCAUGAUACGAGAUAAAACUGCUGACAAUACCGUUAACAAUUAGAAAUGCCAGCUGUUACGAGAAGUGAUACUGGUUUCGUGUUAAAGAAUCAUAAAUCCAAGCUUCUAAUCUUAAUCUGUUUGUUCAAAUUCGGGAUUAGCUGAAAAGAUUUUUGGUGCAACUCGUAUACGUUCCGUUUACGUUACUGAUAUCAGCUGUUCCGAUAAGCAAAGUAAAUACAUACAGUGUUUCGAUAUGGAUACCAGCACGAGUGUCAAAGAAAAUUCAGGGGAAAAGCAUGAGGCGGACGAAACGAACAAUAAAUCGGAAGAUGAAAGCGAAGGUUCGACAACGAGCCAAGGAAGUGAUUGGCAUUACAUGCCGGAUACAGUUCUCUUGAAUAUCUUUCAAUAUUUAACACCUCGGGAAUUGACAAUUGCUGGAGAAGUAUGCAAGUCGUGGUACAGGGUGUCGCACGACGAAUUUCUUUGGAAGGACUUGUUCUAUCAGACAUACAAAAUAGACCCGGACAUAGGCAUCAAGCCAGGAAAAACUUCUUGGCUGGGAGAGUUCAAACGUUUAACAUAUCAUAUACCGCUGAUAGAAACGGAAUUACUUACGGAACAUUGCCACCAAGUGUUGCACGUUAGUUUCUCGCACAAUGGAAAAAUGUUCGCCACUUGUUCGAAGGACGGAUAUGUUUUUGUUUGGGAAAGUAAAUAUCCUUGUAGCAUAAAGUACCUUCACGACAUGAAAACGUUCAACUGGAAAUAUACACAGUUUUCACAGUUCAAUUCCUCUGACACCUUACUCCUCGUGUGUGGCGCGCUCUUUGGAAGCUUCCUUGGGAUUUCUGGAGAAAUUGCUGUAUUUAAAUUAUCACCUAAUUUCGAGCUGCAAUGUAGAAUAGUAAACAAGCCUAACGACACGUUUGGUGCAUGGUACAGUGAACAUUACCUCUUAAGUGGAAAUUUAUACUGGUUGGCACAUUUAGUUAACACUAGUCUCCUGUGGCUUAAUAAGGCAAGUCAAGAGUCAUCUAGCGAACAUGUACCUAUUAUGACACAACUGUUUAGGUUUUAUAAUCGCAAUGCCUCAUCGGUUCGCGCGAUAAUGGUAGCAAAUUGUCUGACACCCGAGCAAAACGAACACGAAGAGCAACCUUCAACUUCCAAUGCUAACGGGGAGAACGGAACUUCGACGAGUGAUGAUGUCUCAUCUCCUUGUUCCGACAAUUCGCUAGUUUUAGUUCAUUACGCAUCGUCCAGCUUUCUGUAUACAACGCUGGAAGGUGGAUUUAUGAAAUGGAAGAAACUUGGCGACGGUUUUGAGUAUGCCACUCCUAUACAAUAUAAUCAGGAAUACAGAGAAGUAGAAAAGGAGAAAAGCAGUAAGCAGGAGGAUGACGAGGACAGUGAUGAAAAUUCUGAAUGCAAUCAAUCAGAACCUAAAGAACCGCCGAAAGUGGUCGAGAGCGAUGAUGAAUUAUCGAAUGCUGGCGAGAAGUACCUGAUAUUCACGACUGGGUCGAAAACGUACGCGCCGCAUCAAGUGGGCUUCAAGAGAAUAAAGAACGUCAAGUUUCCUAAACGAGUGGAUCCGGGCCCUUCGUUGCGCGACAGGUUCAAACAGAAGAGGGAAGAAAGAGAUCAAGAAAGGGAGGAGGUGAACUGGUUGGAUUACGAUUCCGUAGCCGAUCAAUUCGACAAGGUGGAUCACUUGAUAGAUCUGCACGGUCACAUCAUAGGAAUGGCUCUUUCUCCGGAUCAUAGAUAUCUGUACGUGAAUACAAGGCCAUGGCCACAAGGCUGCGUCAUUACAAAUCCGUUGCAGCCUCCGCCUAUUGCUCAAGAGAUCGACAUACACGUGAUCGAUCUAGUGACGUUGAAGCAAGUUGGCACAAUGCUAAGAGCUCACAAAGCCUAUACACCGAACAACGAGUGUUUUUACAUCUUUCUCGACGUGUGCGACGAUUACGUAGCGAGCGGUGCCGAAGAUAAACAUGGAUACAUCUGGGACAGACAUUACGGCAUAUGCCUAGCGAAAUUCCCUCAUGCCGGUGUCGUUAACUCCGUCGCUUUCAAUCCGCGCGAUCCGGAAUUUUUGAUAACUACCAGUGAUGAUCAUACCGUGAAAGUUUGGCGAAGUCGAGCCUCGAUACGUUCGCUGAAUUUCGAGGAAGACUCGUUUCCCAGAGGUAUGGAAGUAAGACACAGGCGAAAGUUUCGACAAACCGGUACCAAUAUCGACCCGUUAAAGACUAUUAAAUUCCCCAUUUAAGUAUACGCUUGAAUUACUUUUUUAUCGUCGCAUUUCUAUAGGAAGUUAAUUCGAUUGCUCGGCCGAUUUCGUGGAAGCGGUGUGUUUUCGUUUAAAAACGCUGUAUAAGAGAUCUUUGCCCGAGGCGGAAGAUCGAAUGGCACAGGGGCGCGAUCUCGGUUGAGCGAUCCUACAUCUACGUGUUAACAAAUUAACUCGGAAUUUGAUGGUGGUACACAAGUGUUUAAAUAUAUUUCGAUUGUUAACAAAAUAAGUCUUACGUCCACAAAGGAAGAAGACAAAAAGCGAGACUCUUUAUAUACAUAAUGUAUUAUACAUGUAUCAUCGAAAUGUACUAAUAAUAAUAAUUAUUCUAUCUGUAAUUACAUAUAAUACUUACGAGGAACUUUAAAUGAAAUGUUUUAAUGAUCGUAAA